AAUGUAGUUCUUUGCGGUUAUUGGUCCAAAACGUGAUGCGCGGAACUUUGUGAGAGCUUCCUAUCCGCUGUCAAUAACCGACUGGGGUUAUUGAGCAGACCCAGGAUAACUUCGUCCAGUUUUUCCCCCAACUUUCAAGUUUACUAUCCCGCACUCUGCUAUGAGUAACAGUAUGCCUACCUAACGCUACAUGUGCGUACGCGCCGGCUUCUUCUUCUUCUUCUUCUCCUUCGGUGUUGGGGUCAUGGAAGGACGGUGUGCUGUUGAGACUUGGACACAGUUUGGUUUUUCAGGCACGUCAUGCACACCGACGAUCAAGUACGAUUUUGGGAGAAAUGUUUUCCUCUGCACUGGCAGCGACGAAGUCCAUGUCUUCAAUACUCAAGAGAGAAAACUCACGACUGUCCUCCAGUUUCCUAGUAUUGUGAGUGACCUGGUUGAGAGUCCUGACAAACAGCUCCUCUAUGUGUCCUGCGGGAGUGGAGUUUACUGUGUCAGCUUGUCAUUUCUGCUGUCCAGGACUCAAAGCUCCCCAGUUGAUGCAUCCUCCAGUCCAGCGGAGCUGAAAAUCUCCUCUGAAUUCCUUGUUGUUGGAGAAGAAGGUGUGUUAUCGCUGCUCCUCGUCGGCUCUGUGCUCCUGAUCCUUUCCCAGAGAGACUCAUCCUGGCUGUUGAGUCUGUACAAAACGCCGAAACAAACACAGUCCAGCAGCUGUGAGGUGCUCAGUUCUUUCAGGCUACCACUGGUCUCAGCUGUUGUACACGGUGACACUGAGGGAAAGACAGGAAUGAGAAGGAGGCCUGUGCUGAUUUGUGUCCAUUGUGGUGAUCCAAAAUCACCAUCUUCCUCCUCCACUUCUUCAUCAGAAGCGACCUUAGCGGGCAGUCAUCUCUGCCUCGAGCCUGUCCUCUUCAAACUUCUGUUUGGGAUCGACGCUGCCCUCGCCAAAUUACCGGUUAUCCUUUGUGGCCUGCCAGAUGGACGCCUGUGUUUCCUCCCUCUGCGUCUCCCAGGAUCACGGCUCCGUGUCCUGCAUAGCCUUGAGCAGCCAGUCGUAUUUGUUGGAGCAUCUGUUGUCGCAGAAACAGGUUCAGGACAUGCACAGUGUUUGGUGGCAGUGGGUGAACAAGGGAGAGUGGUGCUGAUGAAGACUGACAAGGGUGGACCAGAAGGGAUGGGCAACACAGCUGGUUUUAUUGAGGGGUGUGUACCAGGCCCUGUGGUGUGUGGAUUUGUGGAUAAACACCAUCUUUACUACAGCACUGGUUCAGACCUGUUGGUGCUGGAUCUAUCGGAGGGAUCAUCUGGGAGAGAAGGCCACGAGAGGGGAGAGGGGACAUCCAGUAAGACAGCUGCUGCUCUCCAAAGCCCCACCAGUUUAAAUGUGUGUAGAGUCGCCGCCUUGGCUGCACCUGCACGCAACUCUGCGGGAGAGGUUCAGUUGCUGGGGCUGUCUGUCAGAGGGCAGCUUCAGAGGAUUACUUUACCUGUGGGGAGAAAGGAUGCAGGACUGUCCAGUCUGCCUUCCACACAGGUGGGCCGCAGCGUCAGGGAUCUCCUGUCGGCGAUUGGAGAUGUUUGUGAAAGAGCAUCAGUGCUGAAAACCGCCGUCACAUCCAAAAAUCAAAUCCUGAGGCACCUGAAUCAGGUGCUCAACGUCAGUUUCCUGCUGACAGCCAGUGCAAAUAGUGAAGAACAUCUUCCCAUGCAGGAGAAGCAAAUCAGAUGUCAUGCCAUGACCAGAUGGAGCAGACUGCUACAAAAAGACUCCCUGAACCUGACAUGUGUCCUGGAUAAUUCAAGUCCGUAUGUUUUGGAACAAGGCUGGACACUGAGUGUCACUGUUUUUCCUGUUUCCCACUCAUCCAGCACAGGAGGGGAAAGCUCCUCCACAAAUUUUUCCUUCCCAUUCCACCAUCUCCAUCCCGGGGAAACAUUAGAAGUAUCACUGCCCCUGGCAGCUGCAGGCGACACAUCCUUUCCCAUGAGAGUAAGCUGCUCACUCGUCUUCUCACUUUCAAGUCUCCUGGGAGAGGAGGAGACGGCACACCUUCCUGGCCUGCAGAGUAGUUGCAUCGUUUUGCCCUUGAACACACUGACAGUAGACUGGCUGCACGCCCUGCAGGUGAACAGUCCCACAACCCAUCCCAUCAGCAAAAACAUCUCAUCUCAAUCUAACAACAUCACAACAGAUUCCAUCCAAGCUUUUUUAAGCUCACGCCGGACGAGGUGUAACGGACAAGGGGAGGGAGGUGGAGAGAGUGCUUCAAAGGCCGAGCGAGAGCAGUAUUCGGCGAGUGUCCGGAUGUCAUCAGAGUUACUGAGGGACACACUGGUGUUGAAAAGCUCAGACUUGGACCCUCAGGGGCCAAAGUUGGCUCCUCAAAAUCUCUGCUUUUCUGUGCUGGACUGGCUGUUGUCUGAAGGUCCCGGAGGAGUUAAGAUGGGACACCAGGGAGACAAGAUCGCCCUGAGCAGCUCAGUUGUCCAUGCCCGAGGUCCAAAUGGAGACACAGUCAGACUGAUUGCAAAUGAGGUAAAUGUCGGGGAGGAGAGCGUGGGAGAGGAGGAGUCCCUGAGCGCAAUAGAAGUUCGGGUAGAGAGCUCAUCUAUAGCAGCAGUGUGUGGACUGCACCAUGCUGUGCUGUGCCGGGUACAGACUCUGUUGUUGAGUGCCCCCGAGAGGGCUGCUUCCACGAAGAGUGUGCAAAGUUUAGGUUUAAGACAGGCACUGCAGCGGGCCGAGCGCCUGUUACAGCAGAUCCGGCAAAGCCGAGUCUCAGGGGCUUUUGGCGUGGGCGUGUCCACAGGGCAGAUGACCCGACCUCUUCUCAGUGUUUUCCGAGAACUCAGAGAAAAUCCUCUCCUUAUACUUUAAAAAUGUUUGCAGUCGAGCCGACACAGCUGCCUUCGUUCGAUGUUACGUAAUUUGCCUUUGUACCUGAUGGAAAAAUAAUGUUCAUAAUAAUUGCUACUGUAAAUAUACUUUUGUGUCACUGUAAAUGAUUGUGACAAUUUCA